AUGGCCCUGAACUGGCAUUCGGCCUGUCCUUGUCCGUGGGCUUCCUGCGGGCCCACCGGCACCGGCCGCGCGGGGCAGGGCGCUCCCCGGAAAACCCACCUGUCCCGGGAGGUGGGGGCGCGGUCUGCGCCCGGCGCCCUCCGAGCACCCCCCUCGAGCUUCAUUCGCACCGCAGAGGAUCCGGAGGACGGGCGGAACCAGGACAUCGCCCCCGUUCGGGAGACGCACUGCUGUGGUGGCCAGAUUGCGGCCGGCCGCUCGAGGCUGACAUCCUACCGGCACAGCCGCCCUGCAAGAACUGCAGUAACCGAGAGGUUCAGAGAGCUGGCGCGGGGCUGCUCAGGAGGCAGCCGCAGCACAGUGACAGCGACGGAGCGGACAACAGCAAGUGGAUUUCCUUUCCCCUGGGACAGAGAGGCGCGGCCCUCGGCCUACCAGCUCUUCAGGUGCUGCUAUUACCCACAUCUUACAAGUGAGGGAGAAGCCCCGGGCCGGCAAGUGGCUGAGUGGCACCCAACCUCAGGACUAGCAGGUUGUCCGCGUGCAGACGUGCAACCUCCAGGCUCGUCCAUGACAGCGGCUUCAGCUCAUCGUCAGGCCACGCUUCCUUCCCACGUUGGUGUCUCUCGGGUUCACAUUCCUCUCUCCUGCACCCUCACUCCCGGGCUCCCAUUUAGUUUUUUCAGAAGACGAUCUGUCCCUGUGGGUCCCCACUUUCGUUUCAUUCAUUAAGUCAGAGAGGUGGGGGGCAAUGACAGGCAGAAGGCAGGUGUUAUGCGUGGCACUGCAUCCCCCCAAGUCCACUAGUUGAAAUUCUGACCCCCAGUGUCUCAGAAUAUGACCUUAUUUGGAGAUAGUGCCGGUACAGAAUUAAUAACUGAGGCCAGCAGGGCGGGCCCUGAUCAAGUGGGACUGGCGUCCUUAUAAAA